AUGAAAAAUAACCCCAGUAAUGAACUUAACGAAGGCAACAACAAACCUCGGUCAAUAUCUAGCCAGAAAGAAGGCAACAGCAAACCUCAGUCAAUAAACAAUCAGAACGAAGGCAACAACAAACCUCGGUCAAUAUCUAGUCAGAAAGAAGGCAACAGCAAACCUCAGUCAAUAAACAAUCAGAACGAAGACAACAACAAACCUCGGUCAAUAUCUAGUCCGAAGGAAGGCAACAACAAACCUCGGUCAAUAUCUAGUCAGAAAGAAGGCAACAGCAAACCUCAGUCAAUAAACAAUCAGAACGAAGGCAACAACAAACCUCGGUCAAUAUCUAGUCCGAAGGAAGGCAACAACAAACCUCAGUCACUAUCUAGUCAGAAGGAAGGCAACAACAAACCUCGGUCAAUAUCUAGUCAGAAGGAAGGCAACAACAAACUUCAGUCAAUAUCUAGUCAGAAGGAAGACAACAACAAACCUCGGUCAAUAUCUAGUCAGAAGGAAGGCAACAACAAACAAUCAGAAUGA